AUACACAUAAACAUACAAUAGUAAAAAGCGCGGCUCCCAAUACUUAUUACAACGGAGAAGAGGCGUUCCCUUUAUCCAUGCCAGGAGAAAAAAAAACAGGAAAACAUUCCCGUAAAAUGCCUUCACCCGUCGUAAGCAAAUUUCCUCUUGUUUUUUUUUAAAAUAUGGUGAAACAUGAUCGAUAGCGACACAGAAAAAUUCAGGGACAUAAGCCACAAGGUACAGGGGAAGUACAUCCCAGUUAUAAAGUUCGGGGGAACGAAUAAAUACAUCAAUAAAAAUUACACAAAUGAUUCCGAUGCCACAAAUAAUAUAAGUUUUACCGGAGACGGGUUCAACACAAACAGCACAGACAUAUACUGCGAUAACAAGUACGGGGUGAAUCGAGUCUGCUUUUCCCCCCAAGGGAAGUACGUAGCAGGAUGUGGAACGAACGGCAUAAUUUACGUAUACGAUUUGUAUGAAAAUAAAUUGCUAACAAAAAUAUGUACAAGGAUUGACAACAUAAGAGACUUGAAAAUAAGCGAUAAUGAUAAGCAUAUAUACGCCUGUGGGGAUAAUCAAAUUAUAGAAAUUUUUGACCUGUACGAAGGUAGGAAGGUCUUUAACGAUGAUGUUGCGAGGUAUGUAGACGUAUCCAUCCCAAGCUUAAUUAAAAGUCAAAGUGGGAAAACUGGUCAAAAUGGCGAGAAUGAAGAAACGGGGCAGGAAAAACUACCCCUGAAGGGGGGAAGAAAAAACCUACUCAGUAAUAUGUACGCCCCAUGGAUGAAGGUUAAGCAUAAAGAUUUUACCCACAACAAAGUUGUAUACGUCCCAAUAUAUAACUACGCCGAUUUGAUCAAAAGGGACAUCAAUAUGGUGGACUUAAAUAGCAUUAAAAUAAGGAAAGUAAAUCCAGUGAUUAAUAAGUCCGUAUUUAUUAUUAAAGACUCACAUGAUUGCAGCACUUCCUGCUUGGCAGUGCCCAACAUAAGCAACUUCUUACUCUAUUCAGGGGGGGGUGAUGGGUUGCUAAAAAUCUGGGACAUAAGAAUGAAUUCGUUUACUCUAAGUAAGAAAGAAAACUAUAAAGAGGCCAAAUCCAAUGUGACAUUCUUAGAUAGUACAAAUCCGUAUGCUUCUAUAUGCUCACAUGAGGAUAUCCUCACCAGCAUAAGUUUUAACAACACGAUAGACUAUGAAGGUGCAUAUAAAAAGAGGCGAAUAGUAAGCCAUAGAGCAAGGUUAGCCAGGGGGAGGAAGCAAUGUGCAGCUGAUGGGAACGGCUCACAGAUGGGAAAGGAAUCACCUAGUGGGGAGGCUGAAGAAUUGUUUACCUUCCAAGAUGAGGAACAUUUCUUGGACGGUGAAAACAGCAGUUCUUCCGUUUCCUCCUCAUGUUCUUCCGCGUCUUACUCAUCCGUCACCUUUGAUCUGACGAGAAACAAACUUAAUAACGUCCUGAUGACAAGCGGAUACGACGGAUACAUUCGGCUGUACGACAUAAACAAUAAUAUCAUUAAAUCCUUUUAUGAUGAGGACAAAAGUAUCACGCACUGUAUGUUCAGUCAUAACAACAAAUAUAUCAUUAGCACGAACAAAGCCAAAUCCGCAAAAAUUUUUGACUUUAUCUACAUGAAUAAUAAGAAGAACGCAAGAAAUAUGGUGAGCUACCUUGCUAAUUACAAGUCUUAUCAUUUGAACAAACGCAGGCGCAACGAACAUGUGGGGGAGGAUGACGAUGAGAAUGGCAAUUACGACAACUUCUACGAUGACAACUUUUCGAGAGACAUAUACGAUAAAGAAUUCCAGCCAUGUGAAAUUAAAAAUAUAUAUGAAGAUAAAGAACUGGCCGAAAAAAUAAAACUCGUUAAUGAGUUAAACAGGAAAAUAAGUAGAGGCCAUAAGAAGAAAGCUGCGGGUGAGGGUGACCAGGGGGAAAACGUAGUGGAAGACGUAGUGGAAAUCGAAUCGGAUGUCACCUACUCAUACACAAAUUCCAGCCUCUUUGAUGAAAGUACAAUAAAAACGAAUAUCUUCUACGAACAUGUUAAUAAAAAGUUGGAACCCACGUGGUUCCUCUUUCUGGAUAACUUGAAAUAUAUGAAUCUCAUCCCGUACGAUAGGCUAAAUGAAAGUCUGAGGAGAAACCACCAAUAUGCUAAGGCACUUUAUAGAAAAUUGAACCAUCCUAGUGACAAUAGCUAUCACAAUCCGGGUGAGGCAAACGCAGAAAAACAAAUCUACCACCCGCUGAAGGACCGAAUGGAAUACAUGAUGUACUGCAAAAUGUCAGAUAUUAUAAAUAACGAAUCGCAUAUUCCUAAUUUUUAUUCCUGCGUAGCGGGGGAUAAGUGCAUUAUUCCCUCACUCGAUACGUAUGCACAUGUGUAUGACAUAUACACAGGUUUCCAUGUUAACACAAUAAGCAAUCUUUACUUGCCAAACUAUCAUUAUACUGAUUAUUCGCAUUUUAACUCCUCUAGCAUGAAGGAGUCAUUUUAUAAAAGGAGGAAUUUGUCUUUUUUAACAAGUGUAGACACGUACCCGAAGAACCAGAAUAUCGUUGCAACUUCGAAUGGGUACCCGGAUGGAUCACUUGUCCUUUGGGUUUUUGCCCCUUUCUAG